AAUUCAGGCGUGUUAAUUUUCUUAAUGCUCAUAAGAACAUGAAAAUUAGAAGAAAAGGAUGAGAGGAAGGUUGAAGAAAUUGUGCACGAUCUGAUCUGAUGUUUUCCAGCAUCGUCUGUGUAAAGCCCAAAAAUCUGGUCCAUUGAAGAGGCGACAAGGGAGCAUCACAAAACCCUUUGAUCUUGAUUUCCCCCAUCAUCUACUGCAGAUUUUCACACACAAUUAGCCAAAAUAGGAAGCUGUGUAUCCAAGCCCUCUCCAUCACGGGGAGCCUCGUCGGUGGUGCAGAGGCUCUCUCAAAAUCAAAAUCAAAAUCAGCUACUGCGGCAAUUGCAACCACAACCACAAUCACAAUCACUACCGUCGCAAUCGGCGUCCGUUUUGGAUUCCCAGAAUCCGACCAAGAUGAAGAGCCUCUUCAAGCCGAAGCCACGGACUCCCGUCGAUGUUGUCCGCCAGACCCGCGAUCUUCUUAUGUAUACUGACCGGAGCCCUGAGACUAAGGAGAGCAAGCGCGAGGAAAAGCAGAUGUUGGAAUUAAGUAAAAACGUUAGGGAGUUGAAAUCAAUACUUUAUGGCAACAGUGAGUCUGAACCAGUUGCAGAAGCAUGUGCACAGCUAACCCAGGAGUUUUUCAGAGAGAAUACACUUCGGCUACUCAUUAAUUGUCUUCCUAAAUUGAACUUGGAGACAAGAAAAGAUGCUACUCAAGUAGUUGCCAAUCUACAGAGGCAACAAGUUCAGUCCAGAUUGAUUGCAUCUGAUUAUUUGGAAGCAAACAUUGAUCUGAUGGAUAUCUUAAUAGCAGGUUAUGAAAAUACAGACAUGGCUUUACACUAUGGCGCCAUGCUGCGGGAAUGCAUACGUCACCAAAGUGUUGCUAAGUAUGUUUUGGAAUCGCAUCACAUGAAAAAGUUCUUCGAUUAUAUUCAGCUUCCAAACUUCGACAUUGCUGCAGAUGCUGCUGCAACUUUUAAGGAAUUGUUGACAAGGCAUAAAUCUACGGUAGCUGAAUUUCUUUCCAAGAAUUAUGACUGGUUUUUUGCGGAGUACAAUUUGAAGUUACUUGAGUCAACUAAUUACAUUACGAGACGGCAAGCAGUGAAGCUGUUGGGGGAUAUACUGCUGGAUAGGUCAAAUUCAGCUGUGAUGACACGUUAUGUGAGUUCAAGGGACAAUUUGAGAAUUGUCAUGAAUCUUCUCAGGGAGUCGAGCAAGAGCAUACAGCUAGAAGCAUUUCAUGUUUUUAAGCUGUUUGUUGCAAAUCAAAACAAACCCGCCGACAUCGUUGGCAUUCUCGUUACGAACCGGAGCAAGCUUCUAAGGCUGUUCGCUGAUUUCAAAACUGAUAAAGAGGAUGGACAGUUUGAGGCCGACAAAGCUCAUGUUGUUAGAGAAAUUGCUGCCCUUGAACCCAAAGGUCCUUGAGAAACAAACAAAGAGGGGAGGGGGAUUCUUAUAUGAAUGUCUUGUAUUUUUCUUUUUUUUUUGUUCUAUUUUCCAUCCAGUUUGGAUAUCAAUUAUAGUCGAUGAUCAGCUCUGAAAUUGAUGACACUUUCAUUACAUGUUUUACAACACUAAUAAUGGGCUUUAUAUAUAUUUUCGCCUUUUCUAUGUA